AGGCACGUUGGCUUGAUGCAGGGAGGGGAAAAAUGGUCGAGCAAUGGAUGAUCGACAGGUUUUUCGAUCUGGCGCCUGACAUUUUCUCCGACGAGGCCUGGACGGUGGAGAUGCAGACACGCUACGGCUCCAUCUCUCAUCGUCUCUGCCCUUGGGGAGGCCAUCUCGUGCGAAUAAGUCAUGACUAUGUCCACGUGGAUGGUGACGAGGUCGGCAGCUGCCUCAUAGUGAGGCCCGAAUUCGAGCAUUGCACAACUGCGCAGACAUCUGCGCCCUCCCGGGCAUGCAGCUCCAACAGCAUCUAGCGCCAGGCGAUGCCAUGCUAAGCAACCAUAACGAGCAAAAGGUGGAAGUCUCUGGCUGCGAGAGGAAGGAAGGCCCUGGCAUGACAGUCACAGUGGCCGUUCGCCUCUUCGUGGCGCUCUUCGGGGAUCCGUUCCGGCCGCUCUUCUGCAACCUCCGGGAGUGCGGCGAGGUGUCGGUGGCCCGGAACCAGCUGCGGAGGAACUUCCCCAGGAUGGGAGAUGCCACCUUGGCUGGGUUUGACAUCAACGGACUGCAGCAGGCGAUGUUGGUUUCCAGGCCAGAUGGCACGAGCACCUUCCGCCUGGCCUACGCUUUUCACACCCCAAUCCUGGCAAAAGCCCACUGGGUGCCGGAAUGCUUGGCUCUUGUGGUGAAAGGCCUCAACCAUGUGGUGCACCAAAACUUCAAUCGUCCUGGCAUCCAAAAGCUCCGCAAGAUCGACGCGGACUUUUACGUGAUUCUCAGCCUGUGCCAUUUCAAGCGUGGACCGCCCAUGCUGCCCCACACUGGGCCAGAGGAACCCGACGUGACCAUCUGCGGUGAAGACGGGCUUCAGAGCUCAUGGACCCGUCAUGCGGUGCAGACCAGCCGCUUCCGGGCGGCCGAGUACAUGCAACUCUUCAUCGAGCGCCUGGGCUACAGUCUUCGCUUUUUCGGUACCUUGGACGGGCAAAUGCUGGUGCCAUAUCAGUGUGCCGUGCGAAGGGACAAGUGGCAGAGGCUCCGCAAGGAUGUCUUGAACGCCUUUUCCUCGCAGAAAGCCGCCUACCGCCGCAUGAACGGAGGCGCCGCUGCGCCGGAGCUGAAGGAGGGCCGCUCGGCCAACUUCAAAGUGGGGCCUGUGAAAGUGGGCUACGGUGUGGCAGCUGAGCUACCCCAGCUGGUUGUGCGCCGGACUUUCUUUGGUGUGGAGGAGUUGAUUGACAAAACCCUGCUGCGGCGGGCCAAAUCCAGCCGCCACCUUUGCACUUGCGAUGGUGACACCACUCAAUUGUCCGAAGGCGAAGCCAACCGGGUGGUACCGGUACAUUAGGUGUAAAGCUUGGUGUUUGUGUGGCACGAUUUUGCGUGUAUAGCUGUACAGGCAUGCUACGACGUGCUCCUGGAGAGUGGUGGUUAUAUGAUGUUAGGAUGUUAUAUAUCCCUGCCUCCGUGAAUAUGGGCCCCUUGCAGGCGUAUUACGCGCGGCAAGCCCCCAUACAACGAGUUGACGUACAGGCUCGUGUGCCCUUCCUCUUUUGUAUGGUUGGGCCCUACCAAAUGCUUCAGCAGCAUUUGAUGAUUCGAAACGAUCGAAAGCAG